AUGAAGCCAGUAGAAACACCAGUGAAAGAACUGAAUGUUGACAGCAGAAUGGUUAUUCAACGACGGACGGAUGGAUCUGAAGAUUUCUACAGAACCUGGAAUGAAUACAGAGACGGAUUUGGAGACUUGAACAAUGAGUUCUGGUUAGGAAACUUAAACAUUCAUCAUAUAACCAGCCAGGGUCUCCAUGAUCUGAGAAUUGACUUGGAAGACUUUGACGGACAGACCAGGUUUGCUCAGUAUAAGAACUUCUCUCAGACCUCAGCACAAGACUUCUUUCGGUUGACAAUUGGUCAGUACAGCGGGGAUGCAGGGGACAGCCUGAACACGCACCGUGGGUACCAGUUCUCGGCGAGAGGCCAUGACCUGGAUUCCAGUGCUGAAAACUGCGCCGAAGUGUUUAAAGGAGCUUGGUGGUUCCGGGGCUGCGUGGCCUCCAACCUGAACGGCGAGUUCCUGACGGCGAACCAUUCGUCGUAUGCACAAGGGCUGAUCUGGAUCACUUGGCGAGGUGCGUUCUACUCACUGAAGAAAACAGUUAUGAAGAUCAGACCCACGCAGAUCUGA